UAGAAAUAUUCUAUAGUUUAGAGUCUAUACCGAAACUUUCUCGUUUCUACAAAAUUUAAGAUCGCCGUCGAAAAAUCCCUCUAUCUCCCUUUAGCCCUCUGUUUGGCCGGAAAGAUGUCGUCUAAAACCCUAAUUCGCACUGGAGUUUCGGUGUUUAGCCGUAUUAUGAAUCCGGUUGUUCAUCCCGACCCGGCUCAUAAGUUGUUCGUUCCCCAGAUCUUUGAAAUCGCACAGAAGCUUUCCACCCCACAGCCAUUUCCAUCUCUUCUGAAGCUACCGAACCCGCUGAAUUUGAUCCAAAACGAUGCAGAAACCCUAAAAAGAGUUUCUGCAGAAGGGUUCUUGUAUCCCUGCGGACUUCCUUCUCUCCGAUUCUUCCUCCCUGACGGAGAUGAUUCAUCAUCAAGUGAACCUUUGUUGUGCAUCAAGAGAACUUAUCAACCUAGCAACCUCAGGAGGAAAAGGGUUCAUGGUUACCUGGCUAGGAAAGCAACAAAAGGAGGUAGACGAGUGAUUGCUAGGAGGAUUGCAAAGGGUCGAUCUAGAAUCACAGCUUAAAAGAGGUCAUGCUAAGUCUUUGAAUCAUCUGUAAUGGCUGUCAAUGUCUGCAAGUGAUUUUGAUGCAUUUGCAACUAAUUAUUAGGGCUUUUGUGAGAGAGAUAGAAAACACCAUGUUGAUUUUUGCAGAAGUUUGUGUUCUUUCUUUUUGGUAAUUUCAGCAAUAACCAAAUUUGUCCCUUAUGUAAACGGAUUAAAAUUUCGGAUCAUAAUUCCGGGUGCAAAUGGCUGCCAUGAUUGAGGCAUAGUUGGCAUGAAGAUUGCUUAGUCAGAAUAAAUGUUUUUCAUGUAAAGGAGAUGAAAAAAAUAUGGGCAAAAUACUCAUUUAUGAAUAUAACAGCUACGCAGAAAGAGCAGAAAAUGAAACUGUUACCACAUUCAGUAUUCACAAAAAAAAAAAAGAUUAAUAACUGGAAUGUAUUUUGUUAUGUAGUCAGUUCUUUUUACAUGGAAUACCUAUUCUUCAUAGUUUUUGUUCAUGCCAAACAAUGUAAUUUAAUUUAGAGUUUGAUCAUUAACAAAUGAAGGUAUUUUGUAAAAGGGAUAAUGGCUUAAAAGGGUAACUUAUUUCUUGAUUUGUACAAAUUUAGUCACUGAGUUUUUUUUUGUCCGUAUUUUC